AUGUCAGAUUGGGCUUCAUCAUUAGGCUAUUCUGCAUCUGAUCUGUUUCCCCACAGUGACGACGAAGGGCUUCUUCAAGUUGAGCCACUGACCAAGAGCCUGGCGCUGAAGCCAGUCGAUGAAGAGUCGGUGCCCUUCACAGACACUCCAUUCUCCAUCGCCGCUCGCAAUGCCCAAGUGCGGAAAGCACGUCAGUCUGCCUUUCGAUCUGUGGAGCAUGCGAGCAAAAGUAGUAGUAGUGACAGCGCUCAACAGCCUGUCGAACGAGCUUCUCAGCAAACACAGCAACACCCGCAACAAACAGGUCAACCGAUUGGUCAGGCGAGCACAUCAAGGACGAGCCAUCAACAGCAUCAACAGCACCAACAGCAUCAACAGCAUCAACAGCAUCAACAUACUUCCAGCCCCCGUGCAAACACGACUCGAGCUUCUCCCUAUCGAACCGCUCCACCGCUUGGCCAUGCAAUCACAUCAAGCACGAGCUUGCAACAUCACGAACUUCGCCCAAGCCCACCUGCGAGCUCCUCUCACAUCGUUCCGCCACGACAACGAAUCCCUUCACCGCCGCCGAGACAAGCUCAAACACCAAGCAUACCAUCAGAAGCUAUUGUCAUAUCAGAUGACAGCGAAGACGAAGUUGAAGUCACCGGCGAGUUCUUCAGGGGAGGAGCUAGCAGUGAUGUGGCCCCUAGAUCAGAAGAGGAUGAAGAAGUUGAAGUAAAGGGCGAAGAGAUCCUGCAACAGCUCUUCGAAGAAGAUCGCGACUUCUACGAGAGUCUUGAGCAGGAGAUGGCGGCCAAGCAACAGGCAAGGUCAGACUCAGCAUCCUCGCUGCAGAUUCAAAGCAUGAUUCCAGAUGCUGGGAGCACUUCCUACGAUAUCAGUUCGUUUGCGCCCACGUAUGCGACAAGCACUUAUCCGCCACAUGCGCAAGUGCCUCCACCGGCCGCACCAGGUUAUGCGCCAGUCGCAUUCGAUGCUUAUGGACGCCCAAUGCAAUAUGCUCCUCUCAGUCGCGCAGCAACGCCAGCUCGGAUGAUGCCUGUGCCGCCGUAUCCGCAAACCCCGCAGACUCCGGUCGUACCGUAUCAGCAGCCAUAUCUGCAACAUCAUCAGCAGCCCUACCAGCAAAUAUACCAGCAACCAUACCAGCAGCCCUACCAGCAGUCAUACCAGCAGUCAUACCAGCCACCAUACCCUCUACCGUAUACCCAACAAGCUCAGCAACCAUCUCGACCUUACACGCAGCAAGCACACCAGCCAUACCAAUAUGCCGCACCAAGCCCACAAUACACGCAGGCCUCCCAGUCGCCUAUCCGCAACGCCCCAGAUCUUUCCUCUUUCAGGCGGCCAAGAACACCUAGACAGGUGCAGGCGGACAAAGCCAAAGCAGACAUGAUUAUGAAAGCUUUACAAGGAAGCAAAAGCUCAAGGGCCAAACCUCGAAUGGAGAGUUACGGCAAAGAGAACGAGUGGUCAACUCUCAAAGCCUCACGUACAGGUCCGGAUGGCACUCUGUCAUUGACAGCUGCGCUACGCAGACCUCUGCCAGCAACACGACUCCCACAAAGCGGUCGUGGAGGCACCCGGAUUGCCAUGCCACUCUAUCGCCCAGUUGGAAGUACAGCCGAAGCAAGACGGCGAGCAGAGACGCUUAUGCUUGCAGGACCAUCCCGACCUAGAGUUGCCGAAAGCAGCACAGCUACCUCCUCUUCUACUUGUACCUCGAGCAGGCGACUCGGUACGACUGCAGGUCCAUCCAGGGCGUCCAAACUCUUCAGACCGUCCCCUCUAUCUGACAAAGGCAAGAGCGUUGCAAGGAACUGA